AUGAAAUUUCCAGUAACUCGUGCAGUGGAUAAAAAGGUAAGAUAAGAUAUGAAGUAAUAGCUCGUUGUAAAUUCUUAUAUGUAAUUAUAAAUAAUAGUCUUGUUGAAUGAUUCGCUUCAGAAUCAACCCUCAAACCUGUUUGUUCCAUGAAUAUUUCCAUACUAAAAUAUGUUUGACCAUAAACUUUUGCGGUUUUCGUGACGAGGCUGAGAAAAUUUCUUCAGGAUUAACAGUUUAUUGUUCUCGGCUUGAGAAUUCAGCGAUAUUAGUGCGCUCUCCUCACUAAGCGCGCGUGAGGUAAAAGAACCAUUUAUUUGAGUGGUAUUUGUAGUUAAGUAAGAGACAGCUCUCUGUGUUAAGAAAUCUUGGGGAAAAAAUCUCUGAAAUUUUAGAGCAAAUUCAAAUGACAGCGUUAGCACAUUUAAAACAGAACAUUUCAGGCCGUAUAGUGUUGUUAAUUACACGCAGUCAGGGCAUUAAGCGAGGAUAACAAUUUAAUCCCAGAGACUCAUACGAGUUCGAAAUUAACAAUUGAAUUAAUUUCCCUUCUGAAUUGCAACGAUGCUAAAUUUUAAUUCAGUUGUGAAGAACAGUGAGAUCUCUGAUUAUUUUCUCCUUCAACGCUCCUCUUAGCAGCAAACUCGUUUCUUUUGACAGGUAAACAAAUCCAUUCAAGAUCGCCUUCGACGCAAAAGGAUAAGCAAGAGCGUUGACGCACUCAGGGAGUUGGUGCUUGGACCUUCGAUCGAACACGUGAGUUGAGUUGUUUCAGUCCAAGUAUCCUCUUGACGUACUUACGAACGAUCAAUGGCAAGCCUCGAGCUAAGAAAACCUAAAAUAAGACAGCCGGUUCCCCUGGCUUUUGCACUUGUCUCUGAAGUUGCUGAAUACCCAUGGCUAAAAACUUUAUUCCAAAAUGUUGUUAUAAAUGAAACGCUUCGAAAAAAAACAACCCUGAAGCUUCUCAACAGCUGAAAUGAAAGGGGAAUCGAUCUUGAACAAAAUAAUGAAAAUAAGUUCAUGAAAGUAUUGCAAAAUUUGUUGUAGGCUUUAUUCAGUGACUAAAAACCAUUGACUCAAUGUUUCGCCACAAUGAUAGACAGAAUUCAACAAUUUUUGUUGCUGAAUACGUAGCAUUGAAUGAAAAUUUGCUCUUGCGAUAUGGAGGGUGUGACACGCUCCAAAGAACCAAGCAGGCUUUAUUAGCAGAAUCUAAUCAGCACUUCACAUAUUGCACGCGCUUGUGGUCUCUCAUCCAUUUUCAUCUGCUUUUGCCUACAUUCAAAAUACUUGUCACAGUCUGUUUUGAUUCAUCCCCGCGCAUUUUGGCGCGCGGGCGGAACACGUUUUGAGCUAAACUCACUGAAGGACGAAUUCAUGCUUAAUUUUGGUUGAAUUUGUUCCCUUUCAGACGAAGAUCGGAAAACGGACAUCCUUAAACUCACAGUACAAUAUAUCAGACGGCAGAAAGGUAGGAAUUGUUCUUUUAUCUCAUCCAAACUUAAUUAUUCGCUCGCUGUUCACUUUGGAACUACCCAAAUUCAGAGGGCGUCGGCUUCACAAUAUUGUCACAUUUAAUGAUAUACCGGUUUGUAUAAUUGCUUUAAGUCAUCCAAAUUCACUCAUAAUUGUAUCAUUGUCCUUGCAGAACGUUUGGAAAAUGUCGCAGAAGACCAAAGGACAGUAGAAAUCUGCCAGAGAGAGUCAAGUGCCCUCAUACCUUCAUCUGGAAACAACUUCUGUAAACUGUCAAUUUGUUCAACGAAUGAGCAAACAAAACAAACAAAUGAAAUUAAAAUCUUAGACAGACACGUUAGUUCUGAGAAUUCUAAGUUCUGUGACAACGAAGACGUCUCUGAUCAACUCUUCUCUAGUCAGUCACAGAUGUAUUCUACCAGAUCCAGCUUAAUUGGAAACACGACCGAGGAUUUUCGAAAACACGCUGUAAAGCGAAAGCCUUUCAGGGAACUGAAUUACGAUCAAAAGAGAGGAACUGACAGACAAACAAUUUGGCGGCCUUGGUGAGGCGCAUGCGUUCUAAGCGACACCAGGUCCGAAAUGAUCCAUCUCAUAGUCCCA